AAGUAAAUAAGAGGGAAAUAAAUAAAAUAGUAGGGAGGAGUAGAUCGAGAGGAGAGGCGGUUGCUGUGUUACGAUGUACGGCGGAGGCGGAGACGCCGACGUCGCGCGGAAGGUGGGCCGGGCAAUGAUCCGCUUCCGGCCUAUAGCGCCCAAACCUGCCGCCGGGUCCCCUUCGGCCGUAGCUGCCGCAGCGGAGACGGCCGCCGCGCCCAGGAGGCCGAAACGGAAGGGAUCCGCUAAUCCCGCCGCCGGCGCGAGUGGGAGGAAGCCGAGGAAGGCGGAGGCGAACCCGUCGCCGUCGUCGUCGACGAUCGUGACGUUGUCGCUGAUACCGGAGACGCCGGAGAGGAAAGGCGACCGGGAAGCGGCGCCGAAGCGGUCUCCUAGUUUCCCUUCUCCUCCUUCGGCCGUGGUGGUUCCGCGCGUGGUGCCGCCGGUCGGGGCGAUAGGGUCGUGGGUGACGGUGGAGUGCGUGACGGAGACGGACGCGUGGAGGGAGGGGGAGGUCGCUUGGAGGAGUGACGAGGCGGUGGCGGCCGCGCUGGCGGCAGACGAGUGCCCCGGGUUCGUGUCCGACGAGUGGGACCGGGUGACGUGGAUCAACGAGGCGUACCGGAGGAUGGUGGUGGGUACGGCUCAGCGCUGCUCCUCCUUAGAGGGAGGCGGAGCUGCGGAGAAAGAAGAGGAGGUGAGGGUGGGGCUGGUUUCGCAGGGGCUGCUGCCGGCGGCGGGCAGGUGCCGGGCGUUCACGUGCUGGGUGCGCGUGUGGUACGCGAGGCGACUGAGGAGGACGAAAGGGCCUCCAUCGCCGCCUCCGCCGUCGUCGCUGGCGGCGCCAUGCGACGUGUGGAGGCUGGACGGCGGCGUUUGCGCGUGGAGGCUGGACGUGAAGGCGGCCCUAAGUCUCAGCUAGUAGCGGCAGCGGAGGAAGAGAUGAUACGUAAAUAGGAAAAUUACCAAACGUGGGUCUUCAACUCGCCUACAACAAAAGCUAAGAAUCAUCUACUGUCGAUGUGCAUGCUUUCCAACACAGAUUACUUCUAUAAAACGAACCUGAAAAUCUUAGUUGCUGCACCAGCAAGG